AGGAUGGGAGUGCGGGGCAAGCGCGCGGCGCCCAGGGUCACGGCCGCGGCUGAGUCUGCGGGGCGCGAAGCCAGCGCUCGGCGCUUUUAAAGCCCGGAUCGCGACGCGCUCGAGGCGCGGGCGGCGGCCGGAUGGAGAGGAAGGGCUUGGCGGCCCGAUCCUCGGGGAACCCUAGCCCGCCCGCGCUGGGUGAGGGACCGCGGCCCGUGCCUCCACCGUGUGUCCCGAGCGGCGGAGGAGCCACGGAGAGGGGUCAGGCUGGAGCGGCGGCCGAGCCGGCGGAGCUUAUCCGGCGCGCUCACGAGUUCAAGAGCCAAGGGGCGCAGUGCUACAAGGACAAGAAAUUCCGCGAAGCCAUCGGCAAAUACCACCGGGCGUUGCUGGAGCUGAAGGGAUUGCUGCCGCCACAAGGGGAGCGGGACGCACGGCCAGCCUCCCCGGCAGGGGUUCCCAAAUCCAGCCGCCUCUCGGAGGAGCAGAGCAAGACAGUUGAAGCCAUUGAGAUCGACUGUUACAACAGCCUGGCAGCCUGCCUGCUCCAGGCCGAGCUGGUAAAUUAUGAGCGAGUCAAGGAGUAUUGCCUCAAAGUCCUGAAGAAGGAAGGAGAGAACUUCAAAGCUCUUUACAGGUCUGGUGUGGCCUUCUAUCAUCUUGGGGACUAUGACAAAGCUCUCUACUACCUAAAAGAAGCAAGGACCCGACAACCCACAGACACCAAUGUGAUUCGGUACAUCCAGCUGACGGAGAUGAAGCUCAGCAGAUGUUCCCAAAGGGAGAAAGAAGCCAUGUAACAACGAAGCUUCUCUCGAGCCACACUCGUACCUGACCAGGGACUUCCAGGCACCGGUGGUGGAGAGUCCCGACGCGGGCUCUCUCCCUCUCUUCCCGGUUCUUCCUGUACUUCUCCUGUUGCUCAUUCUGUUGCUCCCCAACUCUUAUCCGUAAGAAGGCGAGAGGCGGUCUUGGACCUUCGUGGGCAGCCCAGACGUGGACUUGUCCUCUUCUCUAGAAGGUCAGCAAAUGGGACAGCUAGGGAAGUCUCAUGGACCGGGGAUGGCCCGGUGGCUUUGACUUGGCCCAGUGUUUCUGAGCCUGGCAGGUGUAUGGAGCCCACAGUCUGGACCCUUCUAUACCUUCCCAGUGGAUCAGAGCAUCUUGAGGCAACUGUGAUGAACGUGAGAAGCACCGGUCGAACUAAUGCUGAGAUUGUGAAUUUCCUUCUGCCCCCUCAGUCACCUGAGCGCCUGCCACCCCACCCCACCCCCGACUUGUCUAGGCUUGUACUUUCUUUUCUCCCACAGUGAGGUCAGGUCUUUGCCAGGAUUCACAUGCCUUUAAGGCCCACUCUCAGUGCCCUCUGGUGACCACACAUACCAUUCUCCCACCCCCAGCUAGCCGGCAGCUGUAACAGCAGAAGGGCAGGGUGAAAUGGGCCAAAGGUUGGGGGCAGAGCAGACUGAGUAGGUGACAGAGGAGGGAAAGAAAGUGUUGGGUGGACUGAGGAAUUAGGACUAAGUAAUGUAAAUAAAAACUAACUCACAGGCAUCCGUUCCUGUCAUUUCCGGUGGAAACAGUCCACUCCCUUACUUCUGUUCCCUCCGUGUCCCUCAGGCAGAGUGGCCUACAGCUUCCGGUGAAGCCAGGGAGGGACACUUAGACCAAGACUAUAUGCAUCAGGUUGGCCACAGCCUCUGUGCUUUGUGGAGUGGGUUGGGAUUGUGGAAACUGCCCCAGGACUUGGCUUUGUGGGAAUUUGUACACCCACCUCCCUUUUUGACAAAAUUAUCUGAACUCAAUAUCUAGUGCAUAAGGAAUUUUUGUCGAAUGGGUACAUUUCGACCGCAGACUGACUCUCCUGCCUUAAACCAAUCGGGUCCCAGCCUGGUCUCCUGACACAUAUGCUUUUUACGCUAUGCGACACUGAAACAUUUCCCGAGGGCUCACCGGUCCCCCACCAUAGUGCAAUAUAGGACAGAGUCCCAGUCUUCACAAAGAUAGGGAAGCUGGGAAAUCCAUAUGAAAUUAUUACCAAUGACACCGUUAAUAUAUAUGAUGCUUAAACCUUUUCAAGGCACUUUCAUGUAUUUUUUCGUGUGACUUAGUGAGACACUAUUAUAUAAAAUUAAAAUAUAUACAAAUGCAAUAAUGUUAAUAGGAUUUAUUAAAUGCACUAUCUUCAGAUCAUUACACGGACAAUCUCAUUUCUUUCAUAUACUCACUCUUGGGAUAUUAUUCCCAGGUGAUGGAGAAGCCAGGAAAAUUAACGUUCUUGAGGUUGCAUGGCCUUACAGGACAUGACUAAGACGGAACCAGAUCUGACUAGUUCCAGAGCUUUGGCUACUAUCUUAUGCUUAGCUGCCUCUCUGUUGAACAGUUACACUGUUUGAGAGCAGAACAAUUUCCAUAAAGUUGAAACAUGAUUCACACAUCAAUCCUCCCACCCCCUUAUAUUUACAUAGGCAAGACAGAAAGAGACCAGAAGCCAGAAUCCCUAGUGGCUUGAGCAAUGACCCCCCCCCCCAGGAAAAAGACAAUAGGCCUGGCAAUUACAUCUGUGUGCUGGUCGUUCUAUUUGCUGAUGGAGCAGCAUGAAUCUGAACAACCCACCUGGCCUUCCUCACUGAAUGGCCAGCAGUGAGAAAGGAUCACAAAUAUGGGUGGAGACUAAAAGGAAACACAAAGUUAAUUUAUGUGUUAUUUGUUCAAGUCAUUGCUUUGCCAGUUGCAAGAUCCAUUCACUGCUGAAGGACCCAGAAGCCAGCAGCCCAGCUCAUAUCCACACAGCUCCCCCAAACACUCCCAGUGUAUGUAUGUGGGGUGCUGCAGGAAGGUGCUAGAAAUAUCCAGAGUCCCACCGUGGCUCUGGAGAAGACGAAAAGGAAAAAGCCAUCCCAGUACCACUUAACCUGACUUUGAACAUAUUCUGUCUUCUUCCUCCAAGAUGGCUUCUCCUGACCCCAACCCCAGACCCCUCUCAGCCCUGGCAUAUGCCUGCGCCCAUCCCCCCAGCCCUCAGUGCCAUCCCCAAGCUCAGAGGUCAUAAGCUGACAAACUGUUAAGAUCUGAAGGACGAAAAUGAGGUCAGAGGUGGUUUACAGAGUGAGUUUAAACUGGCAGGCGCCUCCUUUGCUCUUCAAUGCAUUAGGAAUGGUUUUGGUACUGAUUUCCAAUGGGGAGGAGGGAGAGAACACUUGCUUGGAUGAAUGUGUCGGGGGAAGGGCUAUAUUCAUAGGAAUAAAACCAUUGCCAGCCCAAAGAGAAUGUUUGAAAAAGCACAAUGAGUGACUCAGAUACAGACACUCGUGGGAACUCCAUUCACUGUGACCCAGACUUAAAUGACCCACCCACCC